AUGCCUGACCCUCCGGUCUUUGACCGUGAAACUACUCUGGCUGCCAUUCCCCUCCUUGCUGUUGCCGCCUACAAUUCCGUUGAGCUAUUCUACUGGAUCUUCAGCUUCUUCAGACGCUACCAUGGCUGUUACUUUUGGAGCCUCUUAGUGACCGCAUGGGGGAUCAUCGUAUUCGUCACAGCCGUGUUUACGGGGGUUACCACAAGACACGCCUUGGAGCCCUUCUCCCGCAAAUACGGGCACUUUGUUAUAGCCUGCUUGUGCGCACGCGAACUGCUCUUAUCAGGCGUCUAUCUCUGGGUUGCAUUCCGAAACCUCAAGCCUGUUCUGGACGCCAAAGGCCAGGAGGGCCGCCGAGUGAAACGCGAACUAAUGAUCAUCAACAUUUUUGUACUCAUCUCGGCCGCCUGUCUUCUGGCCCUGGAUAAUACAAAUCAUGAAACAAUCAAACAGGGUUACGGCUCCAUGGCGACAAGUGUUAAGCUGAAGAUGGAAUUUGCCGUUCUCAAUAAAUUGGUUAAAUUAGUUCAGAGCCCAUUGCCUCUCAACCAUAGGAUACCCUUGAUUCUCGCCUGUGAUGUCCAUAGUCGCGAUUCUGCUACCGAUGACCUGUGCUUCUUAUGUCGUCGCAUCGAUUUUGAAUACGUUGGCUUCCACGAUUCUCCUGAAUACUCUAGUAACCACUACUUCUUUCAAAGAGAAUUUCCUACUUUGCUGAGUAGCUCAAAGAGCUGUGUUUUCUGCAGGAAGCUCAUCAGUAUUAUCACGGAUUGGUUUGCAGCGAAUCCAGGAGCACAUUCGGAUCGGAUCCGGGUCAGCUGCUCCAUUCCACGGCUUGGUGCUGAUAAUGAAAUUGGACAACCGCAACACUUAACAUUCUUCUUGCAGAGAUAUGAAGGACCGUCUGAAGAUGCAAGCCAGAACUCAGAUUCGGACGUUGCCGUUUCUCCCAAAUUGCAGCCAUACACAGGACGCCAAAGGCCCCUAGUGGCAGAUUUGGCGCUCUUCAAGCGAUGGAAAGAGACGUGCCAGGAGAUACACGGGGCAAAAUGUUCUCAGAUCUUCAAAGGGACCCCGAAUAUCCGACCGCGAGUCAUCGACGUGGAGCGCAGGUGCUUAACCUUGGCCGAGGAAAAUGAUCAAUGGGUCUGUUUAAGCUAUGUCUGGGGAAGGGCGAAGACCCUGCGUCUCCUGAAGGAGAAUAUCCAGGCCUUCUCACAGCCAGGCUCGCUUUCCCCAGAUGUUCUUCCUAACAUUACCGAGGAUGCUUUGCAGGUUACCAAGGGACUUGGGGAGCGGUAUCUCUGGGUCGACAGCCUUUGCAUAGUACAGGAUGAUGAUCAAGACAAAGCCAAGUUUAUUUCACGUAUGGACUCGAUCUACACAUUAGCGACAGUCGUUAUUAUCUCCUCAACCUGCACGGAUGCCAACACGCCCCUUCCUGGAGUUAAACCUGGCUCGCGAUAUCAGCAGCAAGAGCCCUUUAAAAUUCGGGAUGUUACAUUAGUACAAUCUCUCGACCCCUCGCUCGGCGUUAAAGUCGAUCUUCGCACAAGCCGUGCGGCAGGGUAUCUAGGAGAGACUAUCUGGGACACGCGAGCCUGGACGUUACAAGAGAGGUUUCUCGCAUCCCGGUCUCUUGUUUUCACAGGUGAACAAGUCUUCUGGGAAUGUGAAGAGGCGUUCUGGUGCGAAGACAGCUUCCGUGAGAUCCCAAACAUAUCCCCCGAUCCGCAUCGAACAAGCUUGUGUGCAGGCGAGCUGAACCUCUCGUGGAACUCUGAUAUCGUUACCUUUGACCAUUUCUAUCGCGUCCUCCUUGAGGAUUACUCCGGUCGGGCAUUAUCAUUCGAUAGCGAUGGAUUGAAUGCUUUCCUCGGUAUUAUUGGAGCUUUGGAACGGUCUAUCGGCGAGACCUUUUUCUGGGGUAUGCCCACAGCCUUCCUUGAAUCUGCCCUUGCCUGGGGUCAUCGAAGUCAUGCAUUGAGAAGGAGGCACGGUGUGCAGGCUUUAUCCCAAGCUCAGAGCCAGUUUCCCAGUUGGUCAUGGGUUGGCUGGACAAGCGAUGGACAGACUAAACUGGCGAAUCAAAACUUGACUAUGGAGGCUCUGGGUCUUAGAUUCUAUCGUGUUUCCGAAGACGGGUCUACAAUGAUAGAAAUGAGACAGAAUGCUAAAUUCAACAACGAAGUCGAUCUACUCGUCGAAGGCUCCAGGAUCUCAGAUCGCUCAUCUAGACCUCACAAUGUCUCUAUGGCAGACCUCCCUACUAAUCCAUCAAUCAGCCUUUCAUCACUCCUCUGUUUCUGGUCCGCAUCCGCUCGUCUCACCGUGACAAGCCGCCACUCAGCGGUUGAUACAUCCGAAGAUCCCGAUGCAUCUACCUGGGAAGCUACUCUGUCCCAAGGGUCUGAUAGCAUCAUCCAAGUAUCCUGGUCCCAUAUCGCGCAAUCGCUGAAGCCAGGCGAUACUGUUGAGCUUGUUGCCGUCGCCCAAAAUAGAGGUAGCUGGGAUGCCGGCCACAUUGACAACGGAGCUAUAGGAGUUAUGCUUAUCUCUUGGGAUUCAAAUGGUGGCAUGGCCACACGAGAAGGGUUUGCGUGGAUUGCCAUUCGGGACUGGACUUCGUUGAGGGACCGGGAGUGGAAGUUGAUUGUGUUAGGGUAGAGUGGCUUUAGCUAUUGUGUUAUUU